UGAUUGGAAAUUUAUAAGCAAGAGUUAUGGGAGAUACAGAUAGAGGCCAUUUACACUUUGCUUUUCUAGAAAGUAUUUCUAGAAGCUAUAUAUCGGUUGUAAACGAAUAUAGGUUGCAUGGCAUUGUGGGUGCAGCUAUCCUUGGGCUUAUUCUGCCUUUAGUAGUUUCAUCGCUAUAUGUGCUCAAGAAGAAGAAUAAGCAAAGAGCAGUGCAAAUAAAUGUGGGUGGUGAGCCAGGUAUUACAAUGCGACAUAUUAAGUUCUCCUCUUUAGUUGAAGUUCCUUGGGAAGGGGCCUCAACAGUGGCAGCUCUUUUUGAGCAAUCUUGCAAGAAGCAUACUCAACGUCGGUUUCUUGGAGCACGGAAGCUAAUCUCCAGAGAAGUAGUAGACUCUGCUGAUGGGAGGAAGUUCGAAAAGCUUCAUCUUGGGGAAUACAGGUGGCAAACAUAUGGGGUAAUAUUUGAUCGUGCUUGUAAUUUUGCCUCUGGUCUUAUCAAAAUGAGCCACAUUGCAGAGAGACGUGCCACAAUUUUCUCUGAUUCUAGGGCAGAGUGGUUCAUUGCCUUGCAGGGAUGCUUUCGCCAAAAUAUAACAGUCGCAACAAUAUAUGCAUCUCUUGGUAUGGAUGCGCUUAUCCACUCACUUAAUGAGGUGAGAAUAGCCUGCCAUGGAUUAUGUGUUACAUGCUUCGGCUACUAUAGCUUUUAGACAAAGAGGACUGCAUCCUUUCUUUCCCUUUUUUCUUUUGAGUAGAAGUAUAUUUUUGUUUUAUUCAUGUAUCCUAGUGGACAUUUUAGGACCGAUCUGUGCUAUUUCUGUACCUGUUCUUAAUUUUCUAUUGAGUGAGGCUGCAACCGUUCGCUCAUUU